UUCUAAAAAUGGGAGGAAAAUCAAGACCUUCAACAGCCGGAGCAGGAAGAACAGCAGCUCUUCAGGACCACGAAGUGGUCCUGAAGCAGAUAUUAGCUCCUGAGUUCAUAUCUUCAGGGUUGAGUUGGGCAAGAUCCAUCUCACAGAAGGAGAAACAAGGCUUAAGAAUACUUAAAGCUGUUAUGAAACAUAGAGGUCAGAAGAAGUUUCGAGCCAAAGCAAAAAUGCCAGAGGAAGCGCAGAAAUCUCUUAUGGCUCAAUCAGCACUGAAGUUAGAUCGUCAUAAUUUAGAGCAGUAUAAAUAAAGAAUACAAGCAGGGUUUGUUUAAAUCUGCGUACGGAAACGCCUUUGGGAGAAAGGAAUCAGACUUAGCUGGUACAGGAAUUUUGUCUCAUAAAAGAUUUUCAGAGCUCCCUUCCUGUAAAGUUCUUAAUACAACAGCUAAAGCUUAUAUAAAUCGUUGGGUUGACUCUGGAGAAGAUCAAAAAUAUGUCAGCUUAGCGAUAGUAGUUGUCAAGGGCAUUUUUACUCAUUGGAAAGAAGCGCUUCCUUCUGAUACAGUGAGUCAUCUGAAACAUGCUUGGUAUAAUUCCCAUGAUAUUGUUCAUUCUCAGACUAUGGAAAAAGCAAGCAAAUCUGUCAUCUCAAGUGGGUUUUCAAACACAGCGAGGAGUGAAAGGCCUCAGACAAGUUCCAAUAUGUUUGAGAAAAAGGGGAAGGAGAGCUUAAUCCCCAACAGAACUCAAAAAUAUGAUAAAGGAAUGGACAAAGUGAUCAGUGACAGGAAAAAGUUGCUUUUAAGAGGCAAUGGGAAUAUAACUGGGUUCUACCAAGACCCUUUAGGAAUGGUUUCUUCUUACCAAUCCAAUUAUCAGACAACCAAGGAUAUGAGUACUAUCAAGAAAACUGCUGGGAACAACUAUAUCUCUUCUAUAAUGGUUGUCACACCAGAUCCAGGUCAACUUGCUAAAGUUGGACAAAAGCAGAACAAGUUUAAGAAAGAUGUAAAUUCUGCUACGAAAAAACUAGCCAAGACUGAGUCAGCCAUGAAGCAAGCAAUGGGAAGAAUGAUGGAAUACCAAGAGUACCCAGAGUAUCAACCUUCAAGAGGGAGUUUGGGAAUGAGAGUUGGAAAUCCAAACUUCCAAAGUACUCCUGAAGGUUUUCCUAUGAGACCAGCACGUGGUAUGAACCCUUAUAGGCAUUUAAAAACCUCAGGAUAAGAAAUUUGGUUUAAAAAUAUGAAUUUUUCAGUUAA